AUGAUAUAUCAAUUGAUUUGCUCUUACAAAAAUUUCCCACAUACUUGCAAAAAAGCUGAAGAAUGUCAACCUUUUGUGAUGGUUACUUUAGCUCGUCUAGCUCGUCUAACGUUAGCAGAAUUAGCAAGAUUGGCAGACCAGAGUCAAUUGGGUAGUAUAAUAACAGCACAUUUUAUCAUAGAGGGCGUAAAUACAUCCUUUACCUCCAUUACCCCGAAUCAAAGCGAUAACACUUUUGUUCAUAAGCCUGAUGAAGAAUUAACAAAGUUCCGCCGAUUAUGGUGGGAAGAGGGCAACAUACACCCGCAAGCCAAAUGGGAAGAGGCCACGCUUCCAUACGUGAUCGCUGAGGGCGAGACUUUGGACGAGUAUGAACAUCGCACCGACGAAUUUAACGUUCGCGGUUUAUGGGAAUGGAAAGAUCAUAAAGUCAUUAUUUAUGAACUGCCAGUAAAACACCACGAAAAUUUUAUUUGUGCAAUCAAUUCUGAAAUAAUGGAGAAAUGUCUUCCUGUUAAACGAACUGAUGCCAGUAUCGGAGGUCUUGGCGCAACUCGAACUCGCGCUGACAAUUCCGGAAAAGAAGCUGAUGCAAGUUUUCGCCCUUCAAAAUCACGAGUACAAUCACCAAACGGAAGCAAUGGAAAGAAAGAACCUUGGCCAAAUCUUGUCGUUGAAGUUGCGUAUUCUGAAAGUGAACAACAUGUCCUGGACAAGGUGAAAAAUUAUUGGUUAGGUAAUCUUAGUCGUGUCCAUGAUGCGAUAGUCGUCAAAAUCGGUCCUUUUUCUGAGGAUGACGAACCGCCUACACGCAUGCAAGCGUGGCACUUUUGUAUCACAGACAAACGAACAAGAACAUCAGAGAUCCAACCUCGAAAAUACUUUGAAUUUGGUACUCAUGACAAAAAUGGAAAUCCGACAAAUAUUCAACCAGGUCAAUGUGUGAUCAAUAUUUCUCUGGACUGUUUGUAUCAUGAUGCAUCUCCUGGAAUUACAAUUCCUCGACAACUUCUCCCGGAUCCAAUUGUAUUGGAUUUCUUGCUAAUUCGAACUGAAUUCCUCCGUAUGUAUUAA